CUUCACCCAGGGCCGAUAUGCUGCCAAGUGCCAAACUAGGGUAUUAGAGAGUGUAAUUAAGGUAUCAGGUAUGAUAAGACGAGUAAGCACUCCGAUAGUGCAUCUGUAGGUUUAAGGUGUAUAAGUUCCGCGCCACCCUACUACAUGUAGUCAGCCCGAUCCCGGUACUUUUUGAUCGACUUUGUAAACCGCACAGGCAGCAGUCGAUUCCAUCACACGCAAACAAUUUUGAAUUCCAAUUUGAAUUCCCUAUUGCCUACCUACUCAUAAGAACACACAAAUAUACGCAAACCUAGGUACACAACUCAAGCCGUACCAUCCUCGCCCCUGUUCUCCUUCGUCGUUGGCUCGCAACGGCAAACAAACAUGGCAAGCUCUGGAGGUCAAGGCGCAGGAGGUGCUGUGAGGCGCAGGCCGCGCCCUCCUCCUCCCGACGAAGAAGAGCAUGCGCUGUACUUUACCUAUGGCAGCAACCUCCAUAUCGCCCAGAUGGCCGAGCGUUGCCCCGCGAGUAGAUUCGUGGGCAAGGGCAAGUUGAGUGGCUACCGCUGGCAGAUCAAUGAACGAGGCGUGGCCAACAUCGUCGAGACCAACCUCAGGGCGGAUGUCGUGAGGGGUCUGAUUUUCGAGGUGAACACCACCGAUGUCAGAGCUCUGGACCGCUACGAAGGAGUCAGGUCCCGCGCUUACAGCAGGGUGACGUUGGAAGUUCAAAUCUCACCCAAUGAUGCCUACGCCCGCAAGAAGUCUACCGAAGUUGCCGCCAGGCUCCAAGCUUACCACGACUCACACCCCCGGGGUACCACCCUGGCCGGCAGAGGGACGGUCCCGGACGUGAAGCUCCCUACAUUGGUCUACGUCAGCAAGAACCACAUACAAGACGGAACCAUUCGCGCCGAGUACAUCCCACGCAUGGCAAAUGCCAUUGCCGAUGCAAAAGCACUAGGCGUCUCGAGAUCGUAUAUCAAGGAGUUCAUGGAGCCGUACCUUGGCGACCCGAACGCCGCCGCCGCUGCCGCUCAGGCUCCGCCCCAAGCCCCCCCCCAACCACCGCGACGCGGCGGCGGGGUACCCCUUACCCUUGCCGAGAGACCUGCGCCUGGAACAGUCGAGCGCCGGAGGGACGGGUCCAACGUUGUGGUAGUUGCGCCCUCGAACAGGGGCGGCCGACGAGCCCCCGCCUCCGGCGCGCGAGCUCGAGCAGACCGAGAGGCACGAGAACGCGAGCAAGGACGCCUGCAAGUUCCAGGGAAUGGGGAUGUACACCGCUGGAGGGGGGCGCCGGACCACUCUGGCGGAAGCGGGGAUGAGCGCGGAAGCGACCGGUCGUCCAACGGAGGCGGCGAAUCCUCCGGCACGUCCGCAAACGCAAACGCACCCGCGGCCGCGAAUAGACGGGCGGUGGCCAAUGCUGAGAACGGUAACGCUCAGAGGGCGCCGGCGAACGGCGAGGGCAGUGGCACGACGACGCCCGCGAACGGACCCGGAGCCGGACCUAGGCGGUCGGCGGCCAAUGCCGAGGGCAGUGGCACGACGACACCCGCGAACGGAUCCGGAGCAGCCGCACCCAAGCGGCCGGCAGCCAGGGCUGGGAAUGCCACCGCAACCACGGGGAAUGCCACCGCAACCACGGGGAAUGCCACCGCAACCACGGGGAAUGCCACCGCAACCACGGGGAAUGCCACCGCAACCACGGGGAAUGCCACCGCAACCACGGGGAAUGCCGAGGGUAGUGUCACCACGGGAACUGCGAAUACGAACGCAUCUACGACCCCGGCCAAGCGGGCGGCAGCCAGGACCGAGGGCGGCGGCGCCCAGAAGGCGGCAAACGGCGAGAGUAAUAAUGGCACGGCGGCACCUGCGAAUGCCAACGGAGCUCCGACCCCAGCCAAGCGGACGGCGGCCGGGGCUGGGAACGGCGGUGCCCAGAAGCCGGCGAAUGGCGAGGGCAACGGCACGGCGGCACCUGCGAACGCCACCGCGGCCGGGCCCAAGAAGGCGGGAGCCAAGGCGGAGAACGGCGGCGCCCAGAAGCCGGCCAACGGCGAGGGUAACGGCACGGCGGCGACCGGUAACGGAACGGGGGCCGCAACGAAGAAGGCGGCGAACAGAACCGAUGGGAACGGCACCGCGGCGGCUAACGGCGCCGGCCCUGCUAAGAAGGCGGGCACCAAGGCCGAGAAUACGGCUGCCCAGUCCUAGGUUUGGCGUUGCGAGUGGCAAGGGCGGGAAAUGCGCGACUCAUGGGCAAGCUGGCCUUGAUUCAUUCGAGGGACGCAUGGUCUUAAUGGUCCACGGCUACAUUGACGGCUGGGUUCCGUCAAUGGGUCGAAGGUGGGACUGCGGACGGGUCGUGGGAGUAGAAGGAGCUGUAUGGGGUAUCGUUGACUAGUCUAGCUAUGAGCUUAUAGAUUGUAGUGCGAGUGAUGGGCAAUAUAAAUCAGAAAA